GUAAAGAAAAUCCUUCCUUUAACUAAAUAAUUAAUCUUUGAAAAAAAAUCAAUAUCAUUCAAUUUCAUGUGGAUAUAUAAGAGAAUCAUUUUGAAUUUCUUUUGGUUUUAACAUACGGGCAUGACCAAAUUUUAACUUGACAAUUAAGUUAUAUACAUUGUAACUAUUAUUUUCAUCUUGUAAUUUUAUUUCAAUGUAUAAAUUUUUUUUGGUACAACACGCUUUAAUGUAUCUAUCACAAUCUACAAAUAAAAUUACAAGAAAAUUAAUUAUCAUAAUAUAAGUCAAAAGAAAAGUAAAAAUCUGUCAAACAAACUAUAGCUAAUUCAAUGUCCAAACAAUUACAUCAAAAUUUCAAAUAUCCAAAUGAGUGUCAAAAAUACAAAUCCAAAUGCUGCAGCAGUCUCAAGUUUCAUCGAUGUAGACUUAUUAUCAAAACUAGCAAGAGUUUCCACAUGCACCGCAGCAUCAGUCAGCCGAAUUUACUCAAUCGCGAUGUUCAAGCACAGCAGCAGUCAGAUGCUGGAAUGUCAUUACACGAGUAUUUCAAAUCGCCGGAAGCAAUUCAGUGACCGUGACAAACUUUGCCAACUUUUGGAGCAGCAUCAGAAGUUAAUGCAAAUGCUACAGGUUUGGAGAGAGGGACUUGAAUUUCACAUGGCUUGUAAUGAUGGGGAAGAAUGCAAUUAAACCAAAAUUUUUUAUCAGCAUUCAAAAUUGGUUUCGUUUCUUCUGCAGGAAUGGCUGGGCCAGCUGUAGCAGCAUGAUGGCAAAAGUAGAACUAAAGAAGCAUGAUUUCUUGCACUAUUCUUAUCUGUAAAUGUUUUUCAUUGCUGAUUACUAAUGAACUUGUGCUGAUGUUUGUGCCUCGGCCAUUGAACGUGCUUUUAAUUUCUGAGUCAAUGCCCCAAUGGUGCUUAUGUUGAUUUCUAGCGUAAUCAUGGUGCUGUUGUACUUCCAUUGUACAGUUUCAUUAUUAGUUCUUGAUAACAUUGCCUUACAA